AUGGAGGACCCGCUGCCCACCGCAAGAUGGGCGGCGCGAAUUCUGCGCCCACUGACCUCGAUCUACAAUCGGCUGGAGAAGCACCAAAGAACCCUGACUGAAAUAUCCAUGAAGUCUAAGCCUCGAGAACAGUCCCGGAAUUCUAUCAGGGCUGCGCCAGAUAUUGCCGAGUCUGGCUUUAACUAUCAGGAUUCGGACGCCGACGACAAUAAUGACCCUGGUUGGAUUCCCGGAAAGAAGCCAGCACGACGUGUGAAGAAGUACAGUGCUCGAACAGGAGCGACAAAAAAAAACCGACGCGCAAGAUUGUCGGUGCACAAUUCUGAAGCACUUCCCCUUCCUGGAGCAAUCCAACUUUCAACACCCUUGCUCGGCAAAAAGCGGUGGAAAUCUCCGAAUACUACACGAUCAAAUUCUUGCGUGCAGAAUCUUGAAUAUUCUGAAGAUAGAAGGAACAAAAGGAAGAGUCUUACAAAACAUCAAGACCAAAAGACAUACUAUGCUAGGAGUGGAUGGCAUGGGCUGCUCAAUGAGACCGGUGACCCCGUUUUUGCAGAGAUAGUCCGCAAUUUGGAUAUUGUUCUUGAACAGCUUCUCUCGAACUGCGAAAUUGGCAGGUCUGAUGAUUCCGGUCGUGGCGCACGGUCGUUGUUCAGUAUGGUCGUACGCUCUCUACCUAAGUUCAUCGCAAUUGAGCAAGAAGAGCAGAAUGAAAAAGAUCCAAGUAGUAAUGAGAACAUGUGCUCUCACUAUUUUACGGAAUUGCAGCUGCUUUAUGCACCCAAUUGCAAAGGAUGGAAGCCGCUCCGUGAAGCUGCUCGUGCUCAGGGAAUUCAUCUUGUAUCCCAAAUGAUUCGGCACGGGUGGAUUCCAACUUCGAUUAAAUUCGCAGUCGUUGCAAUUUGCUCUCGUCAUCCUGAUGCGUGUGAACCACUCCUUACAACCAUAUUCUCUACCCUUACAUUUUUACCUCACCCUUUAUCCUUACAUUUUGUUGCUGAGCGAAAUGAGGAUAAGCCCAUCUUAUUCUUACGCUCAUACGGUCUUAACGGGUCGUCAAGCGCGAGUUAUGUUUCCAACGAACUCGCCAAGCUUCUUAUGCGUGGUGUGAUACCCGCAGAAUGGAUGGCUACUAAGUUGUGGAAUACCUGGAUGACCUAUGCUAUCAUAUCGGUUUCAAAUGAAGACGAGAACUACGUUGCCGCUGAACGACUGGUUAAAUCUGUAAUCUUAGCUGCAAGCGAUAUUGCUCCCCUCAAACCUUCAAAACAGGCCUUGCAAACCCCAGAGAAGAAAUUGAGAUUACAAGAACCUGAACCUGACCGGGCGUGCCCGGUUCCAGUGAGCGAUGCCCUAGACAACCACGUCACUAGUCUUUUAGCGAGACUUUGUGAUGUGCACAUUCACUCAUCUAGAGUCAGUGCGGCAUACCACGAUGAAGGUCCAACUGAAGCUUGGCACAUGAUCAGAUAUCUUUCAGACUGCUUAGCUCUGAGACCAGGUUUUCCUCAGACUAGUCUUAACACACAUAUAACGUUGAGACGUGGUUGUAUUCUGAUCGCGAUGCUUUUAUUAGAGUGCAACGAUACAAUUUUAACAGGAGGCCAUCCGAUACAUUUCGCACCCAAUCUCGAAGAACAUGCCUAUCUUCUAGCGUCCCGUCCUGGACUGAUCAAAGAGCUAGCACUGUUUGUGCGACAGGCCUUGAGGUGCUUGAGCUCCUCAGACUACCGUCUUAUGGUGUCACGACUACUCCAUGUAGUUGAAUACAGGGGUAUAUCCAAACUCCUGGGUCGAGUCGCAAUGGAUGCUGCUAUGAACUUUGCAGAAGAAACAUCUGAGCCAGAUGACCAUGUGUGGGCUUUGGAGAUCCAGGAGACAGUCAUUUCUUUCCAAAAAGAGCAGGAGAAUAGUGUGCUGUCUCCAGUGAACCUGGAAGCCAAAAACCGCAAUCUACUGUAUCGAUGGGAGGAGAGCAUAAACGAGUGGAUAGCUCGUACGCCGAAGAAUGCCAAUGCUGCAUCGGUUGAUGAAACACCUUAUUCAUCAGAUAGUGAUGCACCUGAAAAUGCCCUGCUUCAAUUGGACGACGGAAAAGUUCAUCAAAACCAGGCCAGAACAGAAAAGAUUUCUACGACACUCCGCUCCAAAACCUCGUCGCCUUAUACCACGGACAGUGACAGUGAUAGUGACUCCUCAGCCAAACAGGACUUUACACCUUCACGAAAAGGAAGGAGCUGUCCAAAUGGCUCAUGCUUCUUGAAGAGGCGGUCUCCUGAGCGCAAGAGAAUCCCAUUUUCAGUCGUAUCAGAGCUAGAGGACCUAUCGGCAAGGCAGCGGCAAUAUCUGGACGAAACAGAAGAGUCGUGUUCAGAUUCGUCGACAUCUGAGUUUCAAUGGCGUCCGAGCAAUCCUCCGCGUGACACGUAUGAAUGCAUUAGCUCCUCAUUUGAGAUCUGUUCCGAUGAAGGGGAGCAAUCGCCUCCCCCACGCAGGGGAAAGUCUCAAGCCAAUCAACAAGCCUCUCCCUCUUUGACCGACCGACCACCAAAUGUCCCUAACUACGGACGAGGACCUUUACCAACUAUUCCAAAGCGUAAGCUUUUUGAUGAACAUGACGAUAUGCCGGUAAAACGGCCAAGAGAUACCCCUCCCCCGGACGAGCCCAUCAGCUCCUCCGAGGACGAGCUUUCAUUUUUUUAG